AAUACUGAUGCAGGCUCACUCCUCAAGUAGAUGAUACCAUAUGGACCACCCUACCUUGGACACUCUGCAUCCACCAGAACCCACGUCAGAGAUGAGGGCACGACUGAUCAGUUCACCACCAGAGGAACAGUCCAAGAGAUCGACAGCCCCCCAGAUAGACCCUCAGUCCGGCUGUUCCUCCCAUCAUCUGCUCCGGUCUCCUCUAACACAGAAGUAAUCUGACAUUUCUGGAAUUUACGCAUCAUUAUUUAUAAAUUUAUGAAUUUAUGAAUUAAAUGGAGAAACUCUGGAGGUCCACGACAUCAAACCGUACUCCUGAACUGAACCUGUGAUUGAACCGCGCUCAGAACCGACACCAUGAGGUUCUACCUGAAGUUCUACCUGCACUACCUGCUGCUGCUGGGCUCCAACCCGGGCGUUUCCACCUACGGCCCCCACCUGAGGGCCCAGAAGACCGGGGACAUCCUGCUGGGGGGGCUCUUCCCCAUACACUUCGGCGUGGCCUCCAAAGAUCAGGACCUAGCCGCCAGACCAGAGUCUACAGAGUGCGUGAGGUAUAAUUUCCGGGGGUUCCGGUGGCUCCAGGCGAUGAUCUUUGCGAUCGAGGAGAUUAAUAACAGCUCCUCUCUGCUGCCGAACAUCACGCUGGGGUACCGGAUAUUCGACACCUGUAACACCGUCUCUAAAGCUCUGGAAGCGUCUCUCAGCUUCGUGGCUCAGAAUAAGAUUGACUCUCUGAACCUGGACGAGUUCUGUAACUGCAGCGGCAACAUCCCCUCCACCAUCGCUGUGGUGGGAGCGUCCGGAUCCGCCGUCUCCACCGCCGUCGCCGACCUCGUCGGCCUCUUCUACAUCCCACAGAUCAGCUACGCUUCCUCCAGUCGUCUUCUGAGCAACAAGAACCAGUACAAGUCCUUCAUGAGGACCAUCCCCACCGACGAGUACCAGGCCAUCGCCAUGGCGGCCGUCAUCGACCACUUCCAGUGGAACUGGGUGAUCGCCAUCGCCUCGGACGACGAGUACGGCCGGCCGGGCAUCGAGAAGUUCGAGAACGAGAUGCUGCAGAGGGACAUCUGCAUCGACCUGAACGUCCUGAUCUCCCAGUACCUGGAGGAGGCGGAGAUCGUCCGCCUGGCCGACCGGAUCCAGAACUCCAGCGCCAGGGUGAUCGUGGUGUUCGCCAGCGGGCCGGACGUGGAGCCGCUGGUGAAGGAGAUGGUGCGGCGGAACGUCACCGACCGGGUGUGGUUAGCCAGCGAGGCCUGGGCUAUCUCCAGCCUGGUGGCUAAACCCGAGUACCUGGACGUGAUGGGCGGGACCAUUGGGUUCGCCUUGAGGGCGGGGCAGAUCCCCGGAUUCAAGGAAUUCCUGCAGCAGGUACGACCCAAAAAGUGCACCAACGAGUUCGUGCGAGAGUUCUGGGAGGAGACCUUCAACUGCUACCUGGAGGACAGUCCCCGCAAGGAGGACAACGAGAACGGCAGCACCAGCUUCAGGCCUCUGUGCACCGGCGAGGAGGACAUCACCAGCGUGGAGACUCCUUACCUGGAUUACACUCACCUGAGGAUCACCUAUAACGUUUACCUGGCCGUUUACGCCAUAGCCGAGGCUCUGCAGGACAUCCUCACCUGCACACCUGGACGAGGACUCUUCGCCAACGGCUCCUGCGCAGAUAUCAGGAAGGUGGAGGCAUGGCAGGUUCUGAAACAGCUGAGGCAUCGAAAGAUCCAGAACAGUUUGGGGGAGAGGGUUCGUUUCGAUGAGGCCAGUGAACUCUACGCCAAUUACACCAUCUUAAACUGGCACCGCUCGCCCGAGGACGGGUCCGUAGUGUUUAAGGAGGUUGGUUACUACAGCGUCCACAGCAAAAAGGGGGCAAAACUCUCCAUCGACAAAACCAAGAUACUGUGGAACGGAUACCUGACUGAGGUGCCAUUCUCUAACUGUAGUGAAGACUGUGAGCCUGGAACCAGGAAGGGCAUUAUUGAUGGGAUGCCCACCUGCUGCUUCGAGUGUACCGAGUGCUCAGAUGGAGAAUUCAGCGACCAUAAAGAUGCCAGUGUUUGCACAAAGUGUCCCAACAAUUCCUGGUCUAACGGAAACCACACAUCCUGUUUCCUGAAAGAGAUCGAGUUUCUGUCAUGGUCAGAGCCGUUUGGGAUUGCUCUGGCUUUGUUUGCUGUGCUCGGCGCUCUCCUGACGUCCUUUGUGAUGGGUGUUUUUGUGCGCUUUCGGAACACGCCCAUAGUGAAGGCCUCAAACAGAGAGCUGUCCUACCUGCUGCUCUUCUCCCUGAUCUGCUGCUUCUCCAGCUCGCUCAUCUUCAUCGGCGAGCCCCAGGACUGGACCUGUCGCCUGAGGCAGCCGGCGUUCGGCAUCAGCUUCGUCCUGUGCAUCUCCUGCAUCUUGGUGAAGACCAAUCGGGUCCUGCUGGUGUUCGAAGCCAAGAUACCCACCAGUCUGCACCGCAAGUGGUGGGGGCUGAACCUGCAGUUCCUGCUGGUGUUCCUGUUUACAUUCGUUCAGGCGAUGAUCUGCGUGGUCUGGCUUUACAACGCCCCUCCAGGAAGCUACCGCAACUACGACAUCGACGAGAUCAUCUUCAUUACCUGUAACGAGGGCUCCAUGAUGGCUCUGGGCUUCCUGAUUGGCUACACCUGCCUGUUGGCGGCCGUCUGCUUCUUCUUCGCCUUCAAGUCCCGUAAACUCCCGGAGAACUUCACGGAGGCCAAGUUCAUCACCUUCAGCAUGCUGAUCUUCUUCAUCGUCUGGAUCUCCUUCGUCCCCGCCUACUUCAGCACCUACGGCAAGUUCGUGUCGGCGGUGGAGGUCAUCGCCAUCCUGGCGUCCAGCUUCGGCCUGCUGGCCUGCAUCUUCUUCAACAAGGUCUACAUCAUCCUCUUCAAGCCGUCCAGGAACACUAUAGAGGAGGUUCGCUCCAGCACGGCGGCGCACUCCUUCAAAGCCGCCGCCAAAGCCACUCUGAGGCAAAGCUCCGCCUCCAGGAAGAGGUCCAGCAGUGUGGGCGGUUCCUCGGGUUCCUCACCUUCUUUGUCCAGCCUAAAGACCAAUGGUAAUGAGGCAGCCACGCCCUCUGAACAGAGGCGUGGCCAAAGACCUAGAGUGAGCUUCGAGAGCGGUACGGUCACGCUAUCGUUCAGCUUCGACGAGGCGAGGAAGAACUCAAUGAAACUCUGAUCCUGAGAACCUUCAUAGUGAUACUUUGAGACCAGUUAAAGUUACAGGUCUUUAGAACAUUGCAUAUUUUGGGACACUUGUUCGUUCUACAUUUCUUCUGAAUUCAUGGUUAUUAAAAAGAAGGUAUAAAUAGUUUAUCAUGCUCUUGUCCAGAGGAUUUGAAUGCAUUCAGGUACAGAAUGCAUGCAUAAACCCUUGCAUUGAUGCACAGGAUAAAUGUUAACCUCCUAAGACUUGAACUCUUGCAUGGCAUGCAUUUUUAUUUCUCUUUGCUAUUUGGGCUAAUUGGCGCAUGAUUAGUCUUAAAACAAAGAUUUAUCUUUUUUCCUGAUGUAGUUUCUGACCAAAAUGAUGUCCACAUAUGAGGACUUUAGUUUUAUAUUUCGAUAGAAAAUAUAAAAGAAGUCGCAAUUAGUAAUGAUGUCCAAAACAUUUAUUUUGCUCCUAAAAACAGCAUUUACAAAACAGAAGUGAAAGACGUGUCGGUUACGACUCAUCCCCAACUCACGCCCAGCUCCCAAACUCAUCCCAACAAUUCACCAACUUAUCCCCAAAAACUUCCCAACUCAUCCCUGAUUCUCCAACUCAUCUCAGACUCUAUAACCCAUCCCCAACAACUCCCCAACACCAUCCCCAACUACUUCCCCACUCAUCCCCAACUCUUCCCAGAUUUUCAGACUAAUCCCCAACUCAUUCCUGAUUCUCAAACUCAUCCCUGAUUUUCAAACUCAUCCCCAACUCAUCCCUGAUUCUCAAACUCACCCCCAACUACUCUCCAACUCAUCUCCAACUCAUCCCUAUCUCCCAACUUACCCCCGACAACUCACUAACUUAUCCCCGACUCAUCCCCCAAAACUCUCCAACUCAUCCCCAACACAUCCCUGACUCCCCCACUCGCCCCCAACAACUCCCCCACUCAUCCCUGAUUCUUCAACUCAUCCCCACCUUUUCCUAAAAACUUCCCACCUCAUCUCCAGCUUCUUCCAAACUCAUCCCCAACAAUUUCCCAACUCCUCUGUGCUAAUACUGAUGUAUUUCAGAAGUUCUCUGCAGUUUUUUCAGUAGUUUAAAUUAAGUGAUGUUAGAAUAAAAUGGUCAGUGUGAUGAAAUUGGCUUUUAGUCAGUCAGCUAAUCGUUAACAUGAGUAGAUCUGCUGGACUCGGUAGUAUCAGUACUAGGUCUUGUUCAGUGAACUCCUCACAUUUAUAACUUGUUCAUUUACUGGUCUGGAAUAAGUUUAACUAGUGUUUGAAAUAUUGUGUUAUCUUCUUUUAAUGUUCACCAGUAGAUGCUGAUUAAGAACUGCAGCGUAGUAGCUCUGGUUUGUCUCAGUGGAAAACAGAGCUGAGCUCCGGUUCUGUAAUUUGAUUUAAUUUGAUGGAAAUGUAAACGGUUUGGUACCAUAAUAUUCAUCCACACCUGUACUCUUGGUUUAUUACACUUACUGGACAAAUUGUGGAAACAUCUGCUGUGCUUUCGGUCCUUUGAAAACUCAAUGAAGGCAGUCUGGGAGACUGGGAUUACCAAAUUAAUAGGCUGGAUAUAUAUAUAUAUAUAUAU